AUUUCGUGUAUAACUUGGUACUAAGCAAUCGCAAUUUCUUUGGGUUCGGAGGUUUUUGGCCGGACGAGACGAACACCCACCAGUUGUUGCUUGCUCCUCUCCCUCUCUCUCUCUGUGGCUAGUGAGAAACAAACAGAAACCCCAAAAGAGAUUUUGGGGAGAGAGAGAAAGUCUGAGGUUUUUCUUUUCUGGGUGCUCUUUGUACUUAUCAGUGAAGCCAUUAUGUCUUCAAUUCUCCAGAUUUCAGCUUCCCGUGCUUCUCCUUCAGAAAGAUUGGACAUUUGGGCGGUUGGUGCUUGAAGAUUGUGCCAUUUUGAUGAAUUUUUCCAUUUUUGGAAUGGUUAUGCUGGCUAUUAACCUUCCCUGAAAUCUGGGUUGGUUUGUGUUUCUUUGAGUUUUGUUUGGUUGCUGAGAAAGUGUGGGUAGAGGAAUUGGAAAGGACAUGCUUGAACUUUCCUUUUUGUUGCAUUGGAAUUUUGUGCCUUUUUUCCCCUAGGAGGAUCACAUCACUGAACCGUUCGUCUGCUAGUUGAGUUUAUUGUGUAAUAUCUCGUGGGAUCUUUUAAGGAGCUAGAUGGGUUCCAGAUUCAAUUCUCAUCAACUCAGCAAUGGCCUUUACGUAUCAGGCCGGCCAGAGCAACCAAAGGAAAGGACUCCAACUAUGAGCUCAGUUGCCGUGCCCUAUACUGGUGGAGAUAUCAAGAAGUCGGGAGAACUAGGGAAGAUGUUUGAUAUCCCUACGGAUGGCUCUAAGUCUAGAAAAUCUGGACCUAUAACUGGUGCUUCUUCAAGGACUGGAUCUUUUGGAGGUGCUGCUUCACAUUCAGGACCAAUCCCUAAUUCUGCAGCUCGUGCAGGCUAUACCACAUCAGGUCCCGUAUCAUCUGGAGGCAUGCCCGGUUCUGCUUCCUUAAAGAAGUCAAAUUCUGGACCACUGAAUAAGCAUGGGGAACCUUUAAAGAAGUUGUCUGGUCCACAAUCUGGUGGGGUAACACCAACUGGCCGGCCAAACUCUGGACCUCUUCCUCCUGUUCUCCCUGCAACCGGUCUCAUUACAUCUGGGCCCAUUUCUUCUGGCCCACUAAAUUCUUCUGGUGCCCCUCGUAAGGUAUCUGGUCCUUUAGAGUCAAUGGGUUCAAUGAAAGUACACGGUUCCUCCAUUGUUCACAAUCAGGCCAUUACUACUCUCAGCCAAGAUGACGAGUUUUCAUUUAAGAAGAACUUCCCAAAGUUAAUUAUGUGGUCUUUGAUUCUUCUGUUCGUGAUGGGGUUCAUAGCUGGUGGUUUUAUUCUAGGUGCAGUCCACAAUGCAAUUCUCCUUAUCGUGGUUGUGAUCCUUUUCGGUCUAGUUGCUACACUAUUCACAUGGAAUACUUAUUGGGGAAGACGAGCUAUUAUAGGUUAUAUUGCUAGUUAUUCAGAUUCCGAGCUGAGGACUGCAAAGAAUGGGCAAUUUGUGAAGGUCUCAGGGGUGGUCACUUGUGGCAAUCUACCUCUUGAGUCGUCCUUUCAAAAAAUUCCUAGAUGUGUGUAUACAUCUACCAGUUUAUAUGAGUAUCGAGGAUGGGAUUCAAAAGCUGCCAACCCUACACAUCGUCGAUUUACUUGGGGGCUCAGGUCCAUAGAAAGGCGUUUGGUAGAUUUCUACAUCUCUGAUUUCCAAUCUGGGUUAAGAGCAUUGGUUAAGACUGGUUCUGGGGCAAGGGUGACUCCUUAUGUUGAAGAUUCGUUUGUCAUUGAUGUGAAUCCUGAAAAUGAAGAGUUGUCUCCAGAGUUUAUUAGGUGGUUGGGAGAGAGGAAUCUUUCAAGUGAUGACCGCAUGAUGCGGUUGAAAGAAGGGUACAUUAAAGAAGGAAGCACAGUUAGUGUAAUGGGAGUCGUCCAAAGAAAUGAAAAUGUGCUGAUGAUUGUUCCUCCACCUGAGCCGAUCACGACAGGAUGCCAGUGGGCCAAAUGUAUCUUUCCAGCCAGCGUCGAGGGUAUUGUGUUGAGAUGUGAUGAUGCAUCAAAGAAUGAUGUCAUCCCAGUUUAGCAGUAAAGUAAACUGCAGACUUACCCUUUUAGGUAUUUGCUCUUUCUGGAGUAUAUUCUUUCCCUCUAUUAUUAUUAAUUAUUAUUGUUAUCGAUGUUGGCGAUGAUGUUAGGAGUGAAGAAGUUGUGUCCGUAACAGAUUAAGACGGGGGUGGCGGUGUUUAUUCCUUUUAACAUGGUGUAUAGUUUUUCCAGGUUUCGUUUCCCUUUUAUUUGUUUUUAUUCAAGGGUUUGAAAGCUUUGUAAUGGGGGUGGUUUUGAUGAAGCAAGGAAUUUACAUGUUUAAUCAGAUUGACUUAAUGAAUGUGAAAUAGAAAGAAAGAAAUAUUUGAGUUAUUUGUAUA